AAGUACGACCUCUUCUACUUGGCAAGUCAGCAAAUCUUCUGCACUGAGAUCCUCAUUUCCGCACCGCCAGCUUCCUGCAGCGCUGAAGCAGCCAUGUCUAUCCGUAUCAAGAAUUUUCUUACCUAUCUGCGCAAAGAUCAAAACAAAGACCGUCAAUAUGUUCGUGAGAAGACCUGCGAUAGCCUAUACGAGAUCUUUCUGUCUGUCUACGAUUAUGGAGGUCAGCACCGGUACCUCGACGAUGAGCGUGCCAAAUCCUUUGGGAUUAUAGUCAAGGACAUGGAGCUGGAUAGCAAUGGUGAAUAUACAAUGCGUGCUGGCGAGGAAUUUUUCAAGCCUCUUCGACGCGAGCUUUUGGAAGCCGCUCCAAUCGACGAAAGCGAUGAAGAGAUAAGAAGACACUUUACAUGGUUCCAUGAGUGGCCGGAAGAGGUAAGACGCCUGGAGAAUGGGGGGUGUGGCUCGAUUGCCAUGGACUUGCGAUACAAGCUGGGCCAGCUAGUCCAUUAUUAUCGUCGAAUUGGCCCUGGAGAGAAUGCGAAGAGAGUGAAGCUCAUGAAAUUGACAGGAUGGAGGGAUCUGGGGCUCUGUCCGGAUAUAGUGAACGAGGUGUACAUGGGUAUGCUCAAAUUUGGCGGUUCUGUUAGUCAGGAUUGCAGGAUAGAUCAAUCAUACUUUUCUGCACACCGCCGUGAAGAGGAGCCGCAUGUCAUAAUCAUGCUCGAGCAUUUCUACGAAGGCAAUGAGAAUAUCUCACGUGCAGAAGUCCUAGUGGCGCUUGCAGCGAUGGUAACGCAGAUGGAGCAUGAUUACCUUGAGAGUCACUGCAUCGCUCCUGUCCUAGUCGUCUCGUUCAUGGAAUCUUUUCAAGGGAGGAUCAUGCAGGCUCAUGCCACGGAGGAUGGACUUCUUAUCCAGAAGACUAAGCUCCAUUCUUUCAGAACGCAAGACGAAUUCGACCAGUCAAUGCCCUUCUUUGUGAGAUACACGGCGAGUGAUAGGGUUGGCGAUACAAAGCAGCGAGUAUUACUUGAUCUCCCCAGGGAGGUGCAAGAACCUGCAGAUGUCAAGCAGGUUAGGGACAGUAUGGGAAACCUCUCUUGCACAUCACCCACGGACAAGGUAGAGGGGAAGGCGCCAAUGAAGUCUGCAGAACGCCCGCUCAAUAGAGACAAUGUAUCUUAAUGUUAUGGAGCCCAACUUUGGCCGAAUAAAUU